AUGAGUGAGGUUCGACGGAGGAAGCCGGAGACCUUGAAAGAUAGCAAUUCGUCGGCUCAACAGUGUUUAAAAUAUGCACAUAGCAAACACUCGGAAGUCCCUAUUUCAGAUAAAUGCACAGACCGUCCAUACAGUCUGUUUUGGUUGUUCCCUGUGACAGCUGUUUUCCUAGCUUGCUUCAUUAUUUGCGACGACAGUAGUGAUUGUUGGCCUUGUUCUGACUCUUCAUGCAGUUCUUUUAACGUGGUAUCUGCUAGAUCACACCUUAUCAAGGUCACCAACUUCGGUCCCCGAACUGCCGGGUCCUUGGCUAAUGAAGUUGCUGCUGCUGGCUAUCUUCGGAAUGAAUUAAGGUUAAUUGCAUCUGUUUCUAACAAAACGGGGUUGGUCGUUUCUCUAGACGAACAUAAGUCUGGUUACUCGAGUUUCCGGGCGUUUUCUCAUGUUUCUUCGUACAAUAAUGUUCAGAACUUUGCUCUUCGUUUUCAUGAUCUGCGUGCCGAAGGUGGUAACCAUAGCAAACUAGCAUUUCUCAUUAACUGUCAUUACGAUACAGCCCCUGGGAGUCCUGGUGCUAGUGAUGCGUUUGUUAAUUGCGCUGUCAUGUUAGAAGUUUGUCGUAUAUUGGCGACGGGUUCGUUUAUUCUUUUUAAUGACCUUAUAUUUCUUUUCAAUGGGGCUGAGGAAAGCCUGUUGCUUAGCAGUCAUGCUUUUAUAACGCAGCACAAGUGGGCCACUGAUAUCGUCGCUUUUAUGAAUUUAGAAGGGGCAGGUGCUGCUAAACGUUUAAUGCUUUUUCAAACUGGUCCUGGUCCGUCAUCAGAUGUCUUACUUGAAGCUUAUGCAAGUGCUUUCAAACAACCAUUUGCCAGUGUUUUGGGAGAAGAUGUGUUCCAGUUCGGACUAGUGCCAUCGGACACAGAUUACAGAAUAUUUCGUGACUAUGGGCUUGUCCCAGGGUUAGAUCUUGCGUAUAUACAAGACGGGUACGUUUACCACACUCCUUAUGAUACAGAGUCUCGUAUUUCGGAUCGUUGUCUUCAACUGUCUGGGUACAAUAUAUUGAGUUUUGUCCAGUUGAUUGCCAAAGAUGAAAGAAUACAAGGUUUCACCAAACUGACUCCGAUAAAUCAUACAUCAGAAACAUUGACGCGUGUUUCAGGCUCAGGUUCACCGUCGGAUAUAAACAGUGUCCCUCCACUGGUCACUAGAUCGGCAACUCUUCGACACGUUUAUUUUGAUCUGUAUGGCGCCUUUGUGAUAAUUGUUCCAUGGGGGGUCUGGAAAACUGUCAACCAUCUAUUGUGUUUAUUUCUGUGCUUCCUGAUAUUUAGAGCUAGACGACUUGUCUACGUCCGGUGGUAUGGAUUCGUUGCUGCUUUGUUGGUGCAAGUGGUUACCACAUUACUAGGCUUCGCCUUUUCAGUCGUACUUGGACUUAUGUAUCACCAUUACGGUUGCAGAAUGGUUUGGUAUUCAAAUCACUAUAAUAUUGUGGGUAUGUUUAUUCUACCAGUAGUCUGGUGGUUUGUAUGGUCGCAGGCAUACUUACUCAAAAUACCCGAAGGUUCUGUAUUUAAGUUUCUUGGGAUUUCUAAUUACUUUUCAAGGAUAUGGCAGCAUAAUACUUUAGAUUACUUCUAUUCUUUAGAAACCGACUUUUUUGAUUCUAGUGUAUUUUUAAUAGCACUUCAGUCAUUUUUGUUGUCUUUAAUUAAUGCUCCUUCAUCAUACGUUUAUACAUUCUGGGUUGCGUUUGGGCUUAUAUUUAAGAUGUCUGACAUUCGAAAUGCUUCACCAAUCAAACUAAAAUUUUGUCAGACCGUCCGUUUUGUUUCAUUCUUAGCCGUUACUUCAAUUCAUACAUAUAACCUUAAUUUAUUUCUUAACUUUAUGAUACCGAUUAUGGGACGUUCGGGUCAUGCUAUCAAACCAGAUUUAUUCCUUUGUUGUUGUAUAUUUAUCAUCAUGCUACCUGUGAUGCUUCCAUCCCUAGGACGGCUACAAUGCACCUCGAGAACUGAAAGUAAAUAUCUUUCCUUGAUGUUGCUAAAUGCUUGCUUGUCGUAUACAAUCCUCAUUCAUGCAUCAAAUUAUGGAUUCCCGUAUAGUAUCCAGCCAUCUCCAAAUUUUUCAAACCCUCUUGUCAGUCCAAGAUUUCUUCGGCAUAUUCCGGAUUCUCCUGAGAUCACAGAGAGAGAAAGUCAUAUCCUAAUUGUCCCCAUUGAUGCGAAUGGUAUUCGAUAUCUGACACCUAAUUCUUACCCUAUGUCCGUACUUAAGUUAUUUAUGAAUUCAAAAGAGCAUACUCAAUCAAACUUCAAAGGUAUCAAAGAACUUGUUGAAGCAGAACCCACGGGAUGCAAUUACAGUCAACCUUAUUGUGGUAUAGCCUCUAUUUAUCCUUUUCUUCAUAUCUUCAGAUAUUUUUAUCGUGUUCCUGCUGAAUUUCACAAUAUAGAACCAACUGUGAAGCUAAAGUUACUGUCACGCACAUUGUUAAUGGAUUACUUACCAAAUAGUCGCUUGAGUUGGAACGUUACAUUUUCCGUAGUUUCCGGUCCUCCCCAUACUCAUAUCUUAAUUCGUACAGAUGGGAACUAUACUAAGUUAACUGCAUGGUCGUUUGCAUCAACUGCAAUGUAUCCUUCAUCUAUGCCACUCCCUCGUCCAUUAAUUAGCGAUAUUUCAAGCAAUAAAGGUGAACAUUAUUUUCUAUACCAUUUGAAUGCAGCAGCAUUUGGUGAACAUGGGACCUUAUGGGAAACACCGUGGACAUUUUGGGUUGUUUUCGAAGCCCAAGAAGUACUAUCACAAUCAAGUUAUAUUGAUGUAGCUGUUGCUGGCCUGUAUGCUGAUGAAGAUAUCUCUACUCGCUCUCCUCCACUCUCAGAAUUUUUGUCAAGCUUACCACCUUGGGUUACUGUCAUUCGGGGUUGUGCUGUUUAUGAUCAUUGGCGUUUUCAGCUGAACUAG